AUGAAUUCUGGAAAUAGUUCAUUUUUUGUGAUUUAUACUAUUGAUUCAAUUGCGGUAGGUUUUUAGUUUCUCAAAAAAAAAGAGAAUCUGAAAUUAUAUUUUUUCACAGAGUAUAACAAUCUUAUGUUUUGAUAUAUUUUUCUCUCGAAUUCUAAUUUAUAUAAUUCCACUUUGCCCAAUCAUAACUCCAUUUUUCUACGAAUCUUCAAUUAUUGCAAAAAUCUCAUUAUUUGUUCCAAAUUAUAUGAAAGCGAUGAAAGCAGUUACUCAAAUAUUCAUGUCAAUUAAUAGAAUGUGUUGUGUUUUAUAUCCAUUGAAUUAUACACAAAAAUGGAAAUAUUAUAUGAAACCAAUUAUAUUUAUUAUAACAUUGAGCCCUAAUUUGGUAACUUGGAAUUUAUUAAUUUCCCGACCUUAUUUGGUCCAAUCUUUUGGAGGAUUCGCAUUCUCAUAUUUGAAAAAGGUUUCUUGGGCGAAAUUAAGCACAUUUCAUUUAACAUUUGUAACUAUUUCAAUGUUUUUCACUUUUAUUUGUACAACAGUUACACUUUUUAAACUUAUAAUGUUACCGGAAAGAAUUAAAAGAACUGAAAAAACUCUCUGCAUUGCCACAAUUAUUAUUUCGAUUGGUUUUACAGCUGUGGCAAUUAAUCAGGUAAUUUGGAACUAUUUGAAUUUUCACGUAACAAAAAUAUUGCUAGUUUAUGUGGGCGUUUUGUGCACAAUGUCAAACUUCUGGAUUAUUAUAUUCGGUUCAGUUUUUGUGUUAUGAUUUAGUGAAUAUUGGAUCUCCGAUUGUUAUUAUUUUGAUAAGUCGAGAUUUACGGAGAAAUAUUUUCAAAAAACAAUCAUCGAUAAGUAUUGUUCGAAUGGUUACUUCACAAUUUUAA